AUGAGUGAACUAAAUGUAACGAUUAAAAAGACGUUAAUUUCAUGUCGGACACUAGAGAAGUGUAACGGAAUGCGCUCAUUAUUAGUGGGGGGGGGUGUUUCAAGGUCGCGAGGUCCCGGCCCGGCCCGGUCCGGUCUCGAUCCGGCCCCGCGUGGUGGCGGCCAGGGAUCGAUACCUUCCGCGCCGCCGCCCUGCCGGCCCGCCCUCCACCAACUAUCGCGAGACGAUCAUCAUCCCCGAGGUGUCACUUCGUCACCGUUUCGUGUGUGUAUCGUGCUGUCUCUGUCGCACGCGCCCCACGUGAUCGUGACGUCACGGCCGGGCCGCGGGCACACGUCACGGACCGCCCGCGACACACCACCUCACACCGCACAUACACGAGCUGGACAGCUUCUUCUUUAUAGAGUGACUGAUAACAGACAGCGAUCGGUUUGA